AAAUUGUCAAUAUUCUACUUCAGUACUCAUUAAAUUUUUCAUACAGUUCUAUAGAUUUAAUACUGUAGUGUUUAUAAUUUAAUUUCAAAAAUAAAUUCGUCAUUAAUAAGAAAAUUUUACUGAAUAUUCAUUUUUAAACAAUAAAAAAGGAUUUUUGAAAGAGUACUAAAAAUGUCGACAGUAGCAACUCCUUUAACUGUGGCUGGAACAAGACAAUCUGGCGCUCCGGUUCGUACACAAAAUGUUAUGGCAGCUUGUUCGAUAGCAAAUAUAGUAAAGAGCUCAUUGGGACCUGUAGGGCUAGAUAAAAUGUUGGUUGACGAUAUUGGUGAUGUUACUGUAACAAAUGAUGGGGCUACAAUUUUGAAACUUUUAGAAGUUGAGCAUCCCGCUGCCAAAGUUUUGGUGGAGUUAGCCCAAUUACAGGAUGAUGAAGUUGGUGAUGGUACAACAUCAGUCGUCAUAUUAGCAGCAGAGCUGUUAAAGAAUGCAGAUGAAUUGGUCAAACAAAAAAUACAUCCAACUUCAAUUAUAGCAGGAUAUCGUCUCGCCUGUAAAGAGGCUUGUAAAUAUAUAUCGGAGCAGUUAACAGCGCCAGUUUAUGAGCUUGAUAAUGAUUGCUUGAUUAACAUUGCUAAAACGUCAAUGAGCUCGAAAAUUAUAGGAGCUGACGCUGAUACUUUUGCAGCAAUGGUGGUUGAUGCUAUUAAAUUAGUAAAGAUAACAGAUGUUAGAGGAAACAUAAGCUAUUCCGUUAAAGCAAUAAAUGUAUUAAAAGCACAUGGAAAAUCUGCUAGAGAAAGUUUAUUAAUUCCUGGUUAUGCAUUAAAUUGUACGAUUGCAUCACAACAAAUGCCUAAGAAAAUUAUGAAUGCUAAAAUUGCGUGUUUGGAUUUUAGUCUUAUGAAAACCAAAAUGAAAAUGGGAGUUCAAGUAUUAAUCAACGACCCAGAAAAACUUGAAGGAAUCAGAGCACGUGAAUUAGACAUUACUAAGGAAAAAAUUCACAAAAUAUUAAGUACCGGUGUUAAUGUAGUUUUAUGCACUGGUGGAAUCGAUGAUUUAUGUUUAAAGUACUUUGUCGAAGCUGGUGCAAUGGCAGUACGUCGAGUUAAAAAAUCAGAUCUUAAAAUUAUUGCUAAGGCAACUGGUGCUGCUUACUUAACGUCAUUAACAAAUUUGGAAGGGGAGGAAACUUUUGAUUCCUCUAUGGUAGGGGAAGCUGCUGAAGUUUCUCAAGAAAUGAUUUGCGAUGAUGAAUUGAUACUUAUCAAGGGAACGAAAGCGAGAUCAGCUGCUUCGAUAAUUUUGAGGGGUCCAAAUGAUUUUUAUUGCGACGAAAUGGAACGCUCAAUUCAUGAUGCUUUAUGUGUUGUCAAAAGAGUUUUGGAAAGUAAAAAAGUGGUUGCAGGUGGAGGUUGCGUCGAAGCUGCUCUUUCAAUUUAUUUAGAAAAUUUUGCAACUUCAUUGAGCUCCAGAGAACAAUUAGCUAUUGCUGAGUUUGCAAAAUCUCUUCUUAUAAUUCCAAAAACUUUGGCAGUUAAUGCCGCAAAAGAUGCGACUGAUUUAGUAGCAAAACUACGUGCCUAUCAUAAUUCAAGCCAAACAAAGGCUGAACAUGUGCAUUUAAAAUGGAUUGGCCUGGAUUUGUAUGAAGGAAAAGUGAGAGACAAUAAAGCUGCAGGUGUAUUAGAACCGGCUAUAUCAAAAAUAAAGUCACUGAAAUUUGCGACGGAAGCCGCUAUCACAAUUUUGAGAAUCGAUGAUAUGAUAAAAUUAAAUCCAGAAGAUAAAUCUGGGAAAAGUUAUGCUGAUGCUUGUGCUGCAGGAGAAUUGGAUGGUUGAUUUUUUCCAAAUUUUCAAAUAUUGGUCAUAAAUAUUUCAAAAAUCUAUCUUUUCAUAACGCGAUUCUUAUACACAUAAUUUUGUUCAUAAGUUCUAUUUAAUACUUCCUUGAUACUUACACAAAUAAAAUUAAUAAACAAAAAUUAAGUUUUUAAUUUU